UCGAGGAACGCGCGAUCGUAUUUACGUUGUAAACAGCAUGGACAACCGUCAGCGGGGUCAACGACGGAGGGACGCGCCGAUGCUUCCAGCCUGCAUUCGACGAUCAGUCGACGACCAAUUGCUACGGAGGAAAGACGAUGCUUCGUUUUAGCCUUCGUGGAAGAUCGGUUUGCUUCGAGACCUUCGACAAACGUCUCGAGACGUUAGGCAGUGUCCGCGAGUCUUGCACGAUUUUUAACAACAGCUCGAGACAUACGGUAUCAAAGUCGCGUUUAAGAUGUUUGAUCGAUUCCGAAACGCGGUCAAACGGAACCAAAGGCCACCGAUUCUCGUCAACGACGCCGACAUCGACGUCGACUGCCACGACGCCGACGCCAGAGCCAGGGAAAACUUGCUUGUACGAUCUUCAUGUGGAAAAUAGAGGUAAAAUAAUCAACUUUUGCGGCUGGUUACUACCGGUACAAUAUCAAGAGGCAAUAGCCGCGUCUCAUCAACAUACCAGAACCUUUGCGUCGCUCUUCGAUGUCGGUCAUAUGAUGCAAACGCUAGUUUUUGGAAAGGAUGCAACCGAGCUUUUGGAAUCUUUGACGACCAGCGAUCUGAAGAACUUGAGCAAAGGCAGCGCGGUUCUUACGGUGUUUACCAACGAGAAUGGAGGCAUUCUCGAUGACUUGAUAAUUACAAAGGACGACGACCACAAAUACUUUCUGGUGUCUAAUGCUGGAAGAAGAAAUCAAGAUUCUCAAUUGCUCCUCCAACAACAGGAAAACUUCAAACGCCAAGGCAAAUCAAUACAAUUGCAAUUCCUGCAUCCUUUGGAACAGAGUCUUGUCGCGUUACAAGGUCCUACGGCCGCAUCGGUACUUCGAUCGAUUGUAAAAAUCAACUUAAAAAGUCUAACAUUUAUGAACAGCGUAGAAACUACGGUAUUUGGAAGUCGAAUCAGGAUAACUCGAUGCGGAUAUACGGGAGAGGAUGGUUUCGAAAUUUCGAUGCCAGCCAAAAUUGCGCGAACCUUGGUAGAAGCGAUCUUAGACACGCCUGACACGAAACUGGCUGGUUUGGGAGCCAGGGACAGUUUAAGGCUAGAAGCUGGCCUUUGCCUCUACGGGCAUGAUAUCGACGAAGAAACUACACCAGUCGAAGCGGCACUUACCUGGCUAGUAGCUAAAAGAAGGCGAGCGGAAGGAAACUUCCCAGGUGCAAAGAGGAUACUUUCGCAAAUCAAAUCGGGAACUGAGAAAAAACGAAUAGGAUUAACGGUAGUGCAUGGUCCGCCAGUGAGAGAAGGAGCGUGUAUAUUAACUCCAGAAGGUGAAAGCGUUGGCAAAGUCACUUCCGGUGGACCUAGUCCCACCCUUGGACGUUCUAUCGCUAUGGGAUACGUGCCGUCAGAAUUAGCUCACUACGGUGGUGGAAUACUGGUACAAGUUCGAGGGAAAACGUACAAGGCAACCAUCGCAAAAAUACCCUUCGUCAAGACAAAUUACUAUACCGCAAAAUGAUCGAUAUAUUUUACCGUUAUCCAUGUAAAAUUCGAUUGAACGUACUGUACUUCGGUGUAACGUUCCUCUAAAUUUCUAACACUCGAUCCGAUACAAGAAAUACGAUCCACUAAUUAUAAUACAUUUUGUACAUAUUUUUUAUACAAUGUGGCGUUUAAGAAGAGACUUUGAAAGUAUUUGUAAGAAUUGUGUAAAAAAUAUUAUAAUCGAAUGAAAAUUACGAAGCGUAAUAAACAAAGAUUAUUUAUA